AUGCGUCUCAUAAUCAGCGCUACGAUAGCGCUUUUCUCCUCCCUCGUAGCAGCUCAUGGAGAUGCUGGCCGUGAUGUCAUUCCAGUUCCUCCGCACAAAAAGCACAAGACUUGCACUGUUCUGCCUCUCGGAAACCACACAGAUGACACCCCUCAAAUCCUCCAAGCAUUUUCAGACUGCAAUCAUGGCGGCACCGUUGUGUUUCCCAAACAUCAAGUAUAUUGGAUCGCGACGAGGUUGAAUCCUGUUAUCUACGAUGUGACGAUUGAUUGGCAGGGAAUAUGGACGCUAUCGGAUAAUCUCACAUACUGGCGCAAUCACUCUUAUCCCGUUGCAUUUCAAAAUCAUGCUGCCGGGUUUGUUAUCUCAGGAGAUCGAAUCCAUAUCAGUGGAAAGGGUAGUGGUGGAAUUGAUGGUAAUGGAAAUGCAUGGUAUAACGCCGAGAAAGCAGUCACACAACCUGGACGCCCUAUGCCUUUUGUUUUCUGGAACACUAGUGAAGUAUUCGUCGAACAUUGUAUGUUCUCCCAUUCUCAUACUCCUCUCCCAUAUAUGAAGGGGUACCCAGCUAACCAAAACUCUUUCGGAAAUAAAGUCUUCAUAAAAGAUUCUCCUCUCUGGGCACUAAAUAUCAUGAAUGGUACCAACAUGUGGUUUGACGAUAUUCUCGCCAACUCAACUGCUGUCAAUGUACCAUAUGGAACGAAUUGGGUGCAGAAUACUGAUGGCUUUGACACGAUGGACGCCAACAAUAUCAAACUAACGAAUUUCUGGUAUCAAGGCGGUGAUGAUUGUAUUGCCAUUAAACCGAGAUCUUAUAAUAUCUGGGCACAGAAUAUAACAUGUCACGGCGGCAACGGCAUAGCAAUAGGUUCUCUAGGUCAAUACCUUGAAGACGCAUCCGUAAUAAACGUCACCGUAAUAGAUGCCAAUAUCUCCACCUACAAUUUAGACAUGCAUAAUACUGCAUACAUCAAAACAUGGAUAGGAGAACUAGCUCCCCAAUCAGGAUAUGAAAAUGCAGGAUUACCUCGAGGCGGCGGCUGGGGCACCAUAAACAACCUCCUCUUCGAAAACUUCCACACAACCGGCGCCGCCAUCGCAGCAGGUAUCUCCCAAGACUCAGGCAACAACGGUUCCUACACCGGCACAUCCAAGUUUGCAAUCUCAGACAUCACGUUUCGCAAUUUUACGGGGACUGCGGCAAACGCAACGGGUACUUGUAGUAUGAUUGCUAAGGGGGGUGUGGUAGGAAUGUUGGGGAGUGGAUGUUCGUGA